AUGGUCGCACUUGGUUUAAAGAAUGAGAAAAUGGCAAAGUUAAUUCCUACCGCCGUGCCGUCUGUGAAUCCAAACCUCUCUGCUUGCCCUGUCCCGAGGUCAAGAGACACCACCGUCUGCCGCAAGCGAGCUAUUGCCACGCACACACGUGCAAGUUUAGUCAACCACAUCCAGGACAUCCAUGACCAUGACACCCCUGCCUUCUCCAGUUGUGCCCAUGGCCCUCUAGACGGGGAUCAGCGCAACAAAGAGUGGCUGGACCCAGGCUCAUUGGCAGCAGUAAAGUUGGAGAACAUAAUCACGAGGACUGCCUUACUAAAAGAUGUUCGACAGCUGUCUCCACAGCAUCAGACCUUCUCCCUUGAGGCUUACCACUCCCUCAUCUUACACUUCGCGCCCAAGCACACAGGGUUUUCAUACCUUGGGAUGUAUAGCAGGCUUCUCUUAGCGGCGCUGCAUUACAAUUACAAUGCCAACCGCGAGACAGCACGGAGAAGUGAUGGGACGGAGAAGUACUGCGUGCGGUAUCCGCGCUUCAGAAAAGGUGCCCAUGUGGUGCGUCCCAUCAAAGAGGCAGCCUCAUAUGGUUAUGCAACAUCAUUGAUGAAGGCCCUUCGGGAAAGCUACACCAAAUCACCUGCAGCUCUUCGAGAGACAAGUCCAAUGAUUUAGCUGUAAGUAUUUAUC